AACUUACGAACCCUCAGUAGUCAGCACAUUUGAAAAUUCUCCAAAACAUUCCACUCUAUAAAGCCCGUUAUCCCUGCUCCCGCCAUUCAUUUCACACUUCCCUCGCAGAAGAGAGAGAGAGAGAGAGAGAGAGAGAUGAGAAAGAGGGGACGAGCAGCGACUAAGAAGACAUCGGCGGCCGAUUUUCUAGUAUCGCCACCAGAAAGAGGAGCGGCGAACCCUCGCAAGAAGUCCAUCGAAUCAUCGCCGACGAAAUCUUUCGAUUUCACGCUCAAUUCUCCGAUGACAAACGCAGGAAAUCGCCGAAAAUCGCCGUCGAAUACUUCGCCGCUACGUAAACCGGAAGUGUCAUCUUCAAUAUCGGAGCUGAAAGAAACGGUGUCGUCUAAUCUUGACUCCAUCAAGCGUCAGGUUGAGCGCUCUCACUCUGACAUCCUCAAGGAAGUCGAAUCCUCUAAUUCUCGCCUUCACAAGCGCUACAAGAUUCAGACUCAAGCAUGCCAGCAACUAAUGGAUGAGAUAGACAAGGAAUUUAAGAAGAUGUCUGAAAGGAUAGCUGAAAGCUCUGAAGCAAUGAAGGUUUCCUAUGCUGAGUUCAUAGUGGACGCACAAACCAGUGCUUCUCGUGUGUGUAAGACAUCCAUCCCAGAGAAAGCAGAGUCUUUUGAGAAAGCUAUCGAUGCUCUUCGGAACCGCUAUGGGAUCUUUUGUACACCGACUUAAGUUGCUGUAUCCUGUUUCCUGGUAUGUGGUGGAAUAUUAGUCAGUCAUUUGAGUCACAUUGAAAUGAAGGAUUCCAGCAAGAAAAGUAAAAAGUUUGACUUAGUUAAAGUGUAGCUUGACUUCAAAUUCCCGGCUUAAUAACUAAUUGACCAUUGGCCAAAGCAAGCAGAGCUUGUAAAACUUGGAAAAAACUUUAUCAACGCAAUAGAUAAUUUACUUACCAGAUAUGAACUUUAAUAAUUAGUAAACUAGUACUCAACAGAAUAAAUUAUUUAUAAUUGUCUAUUUUUAGUGGAUAGUCUACCUAAUAAAUAGAUGUAUUCUGUGAUGGAUCCAAAAAUUUGGGAAUGGUUGGUUCCAGUGUAUGUUGCUACUACUCAUUUCUCAUAAUUUCAACAAAAUUCUGCUUUGCAAUUUCUUAAGUUCUGGGAUAAUUUUAUGGGAGAAUUCUGAUUUUUGUUGGGACUGAUUUUUCCAAUACUUACAUGGCCUGAAGUCAAGGCUUUCAUUCUUUUGGUUGUUGAUUCCUACGGCUUUGUGUCGCUGCCCUGCCUACUAGGGAUGCGCAUUUCCGGACACCUCAUCCGAUCCGAGUGCCUGAUCCAGCUCUGAUAUGGGUAGCUCGAUGCCUAGAGCUUUCUAGGCUACAUAAAGAGAGUAUGCUUUGAAAUUCUGGUGAUAAAAAUGCUUUGUGUGAGUUGUGUCACCAAGUCCUUGCUUAUCGUGCCAAGAAAUUAGUUUAUGUUGAUGUCAGUCACAAGCUAGGUAUUCCCCCUUUGCGACAGCAUGCUUGGCCUGGAUGAUGUCAUAAUUCUUUUUGGUGAGGGUACUACUGGUUGCGAGCAUAGCAGAAAGGCAAGGCCUUUGUUGAAUUUGCGGUGGCCGAGAAUUUAGAUUAUGAGAUGUCCGCCAAUAGUGAUGAACCCCGGCGAUAACAAUGACCUUGGUGAUGAUUCAAAGAUCAUCCCAAACUUGAUUGAUGAUGAGUUCUGUCGACUUUGGUUGCUAGCCACAUAUAAUACGGGUCCCUUGAUGGUUAAAAUUGAUACCCCAUGGCGUAUUGAUGCUAUUUAGCGAGAUUAUUGUAGAAUUGGGGAGGAGUUUCCCGUUUUCCUGAGAAGUAUAAGCUAGUAGUGUCUAAUGAGGGUGCCAUUGUGACUAAAUGCGGUUUAUGCUCAGCACUUUGAUUACGGGGUAUGUUUUCCUCUUGAUUCUAGUGUUGCGAAGUUUUUGAAGGAUUUUAAUGUCUGCUUAGCAUGAUUGACUCCUUUGGUUAUUCGCAACAUAUUUGCGUAUGUUUGGGCUUAUCGCUUCUUAGGCUUCCCAGAUACUUGUGAUUUGCUUAGACACUUGCAUUAGUUGAGGAAAAAUGUGUCGGCUUGCAACAAGGGUCGGUGGUCUUUAUAUACUUCUCUUGGUAAGAGGAUCAUUUGGCUGUAAACUUCCGGCUGAAAGGGAUGACAUAAUUGCUUUUUUUUGGGUGAAGGUUCCUGACGACUUUCCCCUUUGUCGCCAUUUUAAUAAGCACCGGGCCAAGAUAGAUCACAUUCCUUUUACUAGUCUUAGCGAGCGCGAGCUAGAUUCCUUUGAUUAUUUCUCUUUCAUUAAGGAGGAGAAUGAUGAUGGUUCUUUUAUUAGGAAUGUACCGAAAACUUGGUUGCCAAAUGCCAACUAUAUUUUUGGUAAUUAGUAGCUUUCAGCAAUGCGUCUUUGCCCCUAUUUUCGAUGUCGACCACAUGAUACAAAUGAUGUGUUAUAAACAAAAGAUCAUACAAACAUACACAUGCAUGUAUGUAUGAAAAAACAAAAAAGAAAAUGGCAACAACCAAAUAUAUAAAAACGAAGGAAAUCUUAAGGCAGCAAUCUCAUGUCGAAGCAGCAAAAAGUGAAUUAGCAGGCCUGUCAAGAGGCAAAUGCAUCCACCGCAAAAGCCAAUACCCAAGAGUGCCACCGAUCUCUCGAAUUUCCCCACACAAAGACUCAUCCUCCGUAACAUCUAAAACAGGCUGACACACCUUCGCAGGAACAACUAGGGAACAAGUAAAAAGAGUCUUGACGACAUCACGUUUUCGGGAUCUCUCUGCUCUCGAGCUUACUCGGGCGGAUAUAAAUGCAAGGAGACCGACUAGACGAGGGAAUGUCUAUCUCAAGGGCCUCCAAAGGGUGUUCACAAAGAGAAUCACCUUGAUUCCCAAUAUUUGUAAAGUGGGAAGGUACAUCAGUAAAAGGCGUUGACUGAGUGAGCGUACGAGGAAGGGUACGCGAAGAUGCAUGCAAAAUAUACAUGUUCCUUAUAUUAUAGAAAGUCAAUGAAUAACAUACCAGGUGGAUGAGUCUGGCAAAAUCGCAUUGCUAAAAGUUGCUCAUUUCCAAGAAUAUACUUGGCAUUUCGCAACCAAGUUAUCGAAACUAUCCUAAUAAAGGAACCUUCAUCGUUCUCCUCCUCAACAAAAGAGAAAUAAUCAAAGACAUUAUGCUCACACUCGCUAAGACUAAUACCAGUAAUGUGAUCCAUCUUAGCCCACCGCUUAGUAAAAUGGUCGCGAAUGGGAAAGCCAUCAAGGAACCUUCACCCAAUAAAAGAAACUUUGUCAUCCCUUAUGGUUGGAAGAUUUAAGUAUACAGAGACCACCAACCGUUGUCGCAAGCCGUUCCAUUUUUCCUCAACCAGUGCAAAUGUCUAAGCAAAUAGGGAGAUCAAAUCUAUAGUUGAGAAGACUGUAGAUAGAUCGCACAAGGAUGGGUCUAUUAAGUUAGAUGAUGCAUUAUGGACGUAUACGACGGCCUUGAAAACUCUUAUAGGUACCACGCUCUAUCGUCUAGUGUAUGAAAAAGCAUGUCACUUACCCGUUGAGUCGAAACACACAACAUUUUGGGUUGUCAAGAGCCUAAAUUAUGACUUUGACCAAGCGGGUGAACGCCGAGCUCUGCAAUUAAAUGAGCUUGAUGAGCUCCAUUUGGAUGCUUACUUGACUCAAUUUCAACUCAUGAUUGAAGCUUUUUCUUGGUAAGCUAUGUUCUAGGUGGUGUGCACCACUUCAUGUCACCAAGGUCCUUUCAUAUGGUUCGGUGGAAAUCACUAGUGAAGCAACCCGAGUUUACACCUACUUUUUUCCCCUCAAGCACUAGGUCACCGGUGAUCCUAUUAUGAAGGCAAGCAAGUCUAUUGCCUAUCUCUUCCACCAAAUGUCACAUGAUCUUUAAGGAGUCGAGCUAAUUGACUUUAAAUGAGUGCUUUUCAAGAGGCAACCCGAGUUUACACCUACUCUUUUUCCCAUUUUCUUUAAUUUUUUCUUUUCGUGUGAUUUUAUUUACAUUGAUAUAUUUCUCUUUGUUUUUGGUGUGUUUAUAAGUGUAAAAAAAAAAAGCAGUUCGUAGAAAAGAAGGUAUGCAAAAAGACGAGUCGCGACACAAUGCUCCAGCUCACGGUGAAAUGCCAAGAGAUUACCGCGACUUGCGGUCUUGAUUCAACUAAUGGCAAGCAGCAUGACUCGCGCUUUUCGAGAUAAGCGAAAUCUAGGUUUUUAACUCGCAUCUCCCUCUCUUGUCCCUCACUCUAUUCUUUCGACCCUCUCUCUCCCUCACAAACAAAACUCCCCAUCCCCCCUUCACUCACCACUCUCCCUCCACCUCAUCAACCACCACUGCCGCAUACACCACCACCACCCCCUACUCUUUUCAACCACCUCUACUACAUACUCCACCCCAACUCUCAUAACCCCAAUUUCCACCCAAAUUCCCAUACAAUCAACCCUCAUCAACAAAAAUCUUAGAAAUUGGGCCUUUUUGCAUUGAAAUUUGUUUCGUGAAAUUGAAAAGUGCAACACCACAUUGGGUACUAGAUUGGCAUAUUUGGUGUUAAAGUGCAUCACAUAAUCCCCUUUAAAGUUUUUUGAGAUAGAAAUUUCACAUUCCUACCUUCCUUUGAUAUAGCUUGAAUUCACUGUUUUAGCUUCAUCUUUAGGAUUCUUUAGGAUUGUUGAAAUUAUUCUUUGUGCAUAUAUAUGAUUGGAAUUUCAGUAUGCAUGGUUGGUUAUUAUUGGUGAUUGUUGGCUAUUAUUGGUGAUUUUGGUUGGAAAAUUGCAUUGUGAUUGGUAAGCGAAUUUGCACUUGUGAACCAUGCCACCAAAAUCCAAACGUACCAAAACAGGGAGGCUAACACUUAUCGAGUGACCCCUAGGGUAGAUAUGAUGGAACUAUGUAACCUUAUUGUCGAGCACUGUGCGUGGGUGCGUCUAACGCAACCUAAUCAUUAUAUCAAGCGUACUAAGUUCAUUGAUUAUUCCGCACUAGAGACAUUGGGGUUAGCCGAACCAGUCACCGAAUUACUCCAAAAAAUUGGGCUCGAAGGUUUUGUGAGUAAAUGGGCGCCCACCUAUGAGCGUUUCACCUUAGAAUUCCUAUCUAUGCUAACAAAAAACCGAGGGUGAAAAUGUUUGGUUUGAGUUCCACCUUAUUGACAAAUCUUAUAGCCUAACUAUGCAGCAAUAGAAAACCAUAUUUGGUUGGAGGCACUUGAAUAAAGCGAACUUUCACCACACCAAUUAUUACAAUGAGGAUAGUUUUGGGCACGCAUUCACUCAGUUGCGUACCAAAUAACAAGAGCUUCUUCUUGUGCCACCCCUUCUUCGUUAUGCGAAGAGAUUGUUAUCUAUGGUCGUAUUUGGGCAAAGGGAAAUCACUAACCUCCCAAGCCUAGAGUUGAAGGUUUUAUGAAAUCUUAGGAUGAGAGAAACUAGAGGGGAAAGAGAGAGUGAAGGGAAGGCACUGAAAUAUGAUAUAAAAGUCAACAAAAGAAUUAUCAUUUAUAUUAGUAUGUGUAAUAAUUAUAAAGUGUUGAAAAAUAAUAAUAAAAAUAAGAGAAAUAAUACAAGUUUGAUGAAAAAUGACAUAUAAGUAACAAUGAUAUCAGUUGGUGUAAUGAUAAUAAAUUAUUUAAAGAGUUAAAAAAAAUGAUAAUAAAAUACAGGAUAUUGAUACAAGUUUGCUAAAAAAUGACAUAAAAAUUAGUAAUAAUGACAUCAUUUUGCUUCUAAAUGAUGUCAUUGUAAGUUAUGUAAAGAGUUGACAAACGAUAAUCAUGAAAUACAGAAUAAUUAUACAAGUUUGCUGAAAAAUGAUAUAAAAAUCAGUUAUAAUGAUAUCAUUUCUCUUAUAGAUGAUAUAUGUUUGUAUAAUUUUUUUUUUUUUUUUUUUGAGGGGAUAUAUGUUUGUAUAUUAAUGAUAAGACUUAUAAUGAGUUAAAAAUUGAUAAGGAUAUAGGGGAAAAUGAUAUGAAACAGUUUCAAAAUGACUUAAGUUUGUUGAAAAAUGACAUAGAAGUCAGUAAUUAAUAAUGACAUGAAAGAGUAUUACAAAUGACAUGAGAAAAAUUUUAAAAAGUAAUAUAAGACAACUUUAAAAUGAUAUGAAAUACGCCAAUAAUAAUAUAAAAUACUAAUAUGAGUUCACAUGUGAGAGGUUAAACAAUAAUUUAUAGCGUAAAAUAUCACACCUGAAACGCACUCUUGAAUUUUCAAACUGAUGUUUUGAAGCCGAUAAAUAAGCCCGUAAACGGUCAACUACUAAUGCCAACUUGAUAAUGGCGGAAAACUACCGCGACCGCGAGUUGCAAGAAAAUAUGCACAUCACGUUUAGUUUUUUUUAUUCAAGGCUAAUCAAUCUAAGAUUCAUAUACUUCAAGCAGCCAGUCAGAUAGUUGCAUAAGAAUGACAGCUACUUUCGGAUAAAGAAAUAAAUAACGAUUAUACUACGCAUUUUCAUGCAUAUAUAAAUUGAAGCUCAUCUUCCAUAAACUGGAAAACAAUUCUCACUUCUUCUCCAAAAACAAAACAAAAAAGAAGUUAAACAAUGGCCAUUGAUAAUCUCAAUGGCGGUUGCGCGAGCGCUAGAAGCUUUACAAUACAGCUCUUAGCAGGGCGUUUCUUCGUGGUAUUUGCAACCAUCUUAAUCCUUAGUUUUAUUGGUUCUGCCUAUAUAUUUGGUCUAUACUCAGGUGACAUUAAAUCAACACUUGGGUAUGACCAAACUACACUUAAUCUUCUUAGUUUCUUCAAGGACUUGGGGACUUAUGUCAGUGUCCAUGCCGGCCUUCUCAUGGAGGUGUCACCACCUUGGGUGGUGCUCUCACUUGGAGGCAUAAUUAACUUCUUUGGCUACUUCAUGAUAUGGCUUUCAGUCACUCACCGGAUUGCGCACCCGCCGGUUUGGCUAAUGUGCCUCUACAUCACCAUUGGUGCUAACUCUUUAGGGUUCGCCAACAGUGGAGGCCUUGUGCCGUGUGUGCAAAACUUCCCUGAGAAUCGAGGUGUUGUGAUUGGGAUAUUAAAGUCUUAUCUUGGGAUAGGUGGUGCUAUUAUGACUCAAUUCUACCAUGCCCUCUAUGGCAAUGACUCUAGUGCAGUUGGUGUCAUUUUGGUCAUUGCUUGGCUACCUGCACUUGUUUCAUUGCUCUUUGCAUUUAGUGUUCGAGUCCUUGAUACAUCCAAAAGACAAAUUAAGAGAGAUAAAAAGUUCUUUAAUGACGUCCUUUGUAUGUCUCUAGGCCUCGCGGCGUUCAUCAUGGUUAUGAUUUUGGUGCAAAGAAAGGUCGAAUUUGGCAAACCUGGUUAUAGUGCGAGCUUUGCUGUUAUCAUCGUUCUCCUAGUACUACCUAUCCUUCUAGUCUUUAGAGAAGAAUAUGCUCUUUGGAUAGCCAAGCUUAACAGAAGCAAUACCCUCUCUGAGCUAAAGAUCGUGCCAAAAGAAGAUGAAUCUCCUGCAAAGCAUCAAGCUAUUGCUAUCAGUAGCUCACCAAUAGCAGGUCGUGAUGAACAAGCCAAAGUAUUAUGGUAUAAAAAUGUGUUUAGCCCUCCAGCUAAGGGUGAAGACCACACCAUCUUACAAGCAACUUUUAGUAUCGAUAUGCAAAUUUUGUUCCUCGCUACAAUUUGUGGCAUAGGAGGGAACUUAACCACUAUAGACAAUUUAGGUCAAAUUGGAACAUCAUUAGGGUACCCUAAAAAAAGCAUUAGUACCUUUGUCUCCUUAGUUUCUAUAUGGCAAUUUCUCGGGCGUGUGAUGGGAGGGCUCAUUUCAGAGCGUUUGUUAGACAAAUACAAGUUCCCAAGACCCGCAUGCCUCACCAUUGCACUCUUUGUAUCGUGCAUUGCUCACCUUCUGAUAGCCUUCAACGUGCCUUAUGGGCUGUAUGUAGCAUCAGUUAUCAUGGCAUUUUGUUUUGGUGCUGAGUGGACAUACCUCUUCAGUAUUAUAUCCGAGCUAUUUGGGCUCAAGCACUAUGGUACGUUGUACAAUUACGGCUCAUUGGCUGCUCCACUGGGGUCUUUCAUAUUCAAUGUGCGAGUCGCGGGACAUUUGUAUGACAUGGAAGGACUAAGACAACUCAAGGCAUCCGGGCUCACGAGGAAGCAUGGAGAUGAAUUGCAUUGUUAUGGAGUCAAGUGCUACCAGUUGGCCUAUUUUAUAAUUGCAGCAGCUACCUUUUUUACUGCACUUGUGUCUUUGAUUCUUGUGGCUAGAACUAGGAAAUUUUAUAAAGGGGAUAUCUACAAGAGGUUUCAGGAUCAAGCUGAGAAGGAUUCUUCCUCAAUAACUGAUGAAACAGUCGGAGGGAAAUCUGGAAGGAAGGAACAAGAGAUGAAUUAAUUACUUUUUAGUUGCUUUUUCAGUCGUUAGUUUCUGUAAUUUCAUACAGAGUGGAUUGAUGUUAGUAAGUCAAAGUGUAAGCAUAGUAUAUAUUGUCCAAAACCUUAGUACUUAUUACUUUAUUAGCGUAUUAGCUAUAGAAAACUUUGUUCAUCCAACAUACUUGCGCUGUUUCAAAUUGCAAUGCAAGACUAUUUUAGGUACGGUUUUUGUUUUGAGAUUUAAGUCAUUAUAAGACAUGUAAGAUCAUCAUAAUCUAGGUCAUUUUUAUUAUACUAAUGCAAUAAUAGAGUGUAUACUGUA